GAAUUAGGAAGUCUCUGUGAGGUGUGCGCAUGCGCAGUGGUGCGCUACGUCAGCUUUCUGGGUUAGUAAGUGUGUGUAAAAGCUACGUGGCUUUUCUCUGAACUCCACAGAUCCGCCUUUAAUACCCGUCCGAAUACAACAUGGAUCAGGUGAUGCAGUUUGUCGAACCCGGCCGCCAGUUCGUCAAGGACUCCAUCAGGCUCGUGAAAAGAUGCACAAAACCAGACAGAAAAGAAUUUCAGAAGAUUGCAAUGGCCACAGCGAUUGGGUUUGCCAUCAUGGGUUUUAUCGGAUUCUUUGUCAAACUCAUACACAUCCCCAUCAACAACAUCAUUGUUGGUGGUUGAAUCCUCACGGUUUUGAACCUCUUUGGAUAUUGGAAGCAUGGAACAACGCUGGAUAAUGGACUGGGACUGAAUUUCAAAAUUUCAUGUUCUGUUUUGUGAUAAUUCUUCAAUUUUUUUGUUUGUUUUAAUAAAUCCGAGGAUACCAAAAA